AUGGCACAAGAAGACUCUGACCAAGAGGAUGCCAUCACCCAGGACGAGAUCCAAGGGACCGCUCCAGCACCCCUUGCCCCGCGCAACGCUUUCGCAGAGCUCAUGACCCGAAAGCGCAAGCCCGAACCCGGUCCCGCACCGUCCAAGUCCUCCCGCAACAAGCCCUACCGAAGCCGCGACGGCCUCGGCGCAUACAUCGAGAACCCGUCUUCCUUCCCCGCCUCGCGUGUCAUAUAUCACAAUGACGACUUCGUCGCCAUCAACGACCUCUAUCCCAAGUCCAGCGUACACACGCUGCUGCUGCCUCGGUCUCCGAAGCAUAACCUCCUUCAUCCGCUUGAAGCGUUUGAGGACGUCGAUUUCCUCGCGUCGGUGCAGCAGGAGGUGCUCAAGCUCAAGGACCUCGUGGCCAAGGAGCUUCAGCGACGGUUCGGCAAAGGGAGCAGGGCCGACGAGGCGCGGGAAGCCGUGCUGGACGGGCGGGUUGAACAGGAAGGCGGAGAGCUACCCAAGGGCCGCGACUGGCAUGCCGAGAUCAUCACGGGGAUACAUGCGCAUCCCAGCAUGAACCACCUGCACGUCCACGUGCUCUCGCGGGACAUGUACUCGGAGUGUCUCAAGCACCGCAAGCACUAUAACUCCUUCAAUACCCCGUUCCUUAUCGAUGUCGCCGACUUUCCACUGGCGGCCGAAGACCCCAGGCGCCACCCUGCGCGCGAGGGGUAUCUCAUGAAGAGGGAUCUCGUUUGCUGGAAAUGCCAAGAGAAUUUUGGGAAUCAGUUUGCGAAGCUCAAAGAGCACUUAGCGGUCGAGUUUACCCAUUGGAAAGGGGAAUGA